AUGGCCCGUCUUCAAAUUCCGCUUGACGCCUUGACUUCGCGCCUCAACCUGUCCGACAGGUUUGCGGGAGUUCGCGCCCAGUCUCUCACUUCCCGCUUCUCCAAUCUCAGACCAAUCUCUGAAUUUUUGGAUAUUAAGAGGGUUUCCAAGCCUGCCAACUUCAGUGAAGUCCAGAGCCGUGUCAAUUACAACUUGAGCUACUUCUCCAGCAACUAUGCCGCCGUCUUUAUCAUGCUCAGCAUAUACAGUCUACUCACGAACCUCAUACUCCUCUUCGUCAUUCUCCUUGCCAUUGGCGGCUCAUACGGAAUCGGUAGGCUGGAGGGGCGGGAUUUGGAAGUCGCCGGCUUCCGUGCUACAACAUCGCAACUAUACACCACGUCUCUGGGCUUCCCCACUAUCAACUGCGCUUUGGCUCAUUGGGGCGACUGGAGUGACUGUUUUGGGCCACGCUUCGUUUAUGGACAAACCAAUCGAGAAUGCUUUUUCAGAGGAGGCGGUCUAGAUGGUCGGCCGCGAACUCCUUACGAUUCGCCCCUAUGGGGAAGACCAUCAGGGGCACGAGUGGGGAGAUCGAAAAAGGAGGGUUGGCCGGAGCAGCUGGAGGAGUCUGUUCGGAUAGAACAGCUGGGUAUUGACGACUAUGACGAUGACGAAGACGAUGAAAACGAAGGUGUUCUCUUAGGGCCGCCGUUCGAUCCAGGCCGGUUUCAUAACAGUAAUAUGCGCCCAAUGUGCCCUGGUACGUAUCCUGGUGUGCGCCGAAAAGGAAAUAAUUAUGAUUUUGACGACGAUGAAGUUUGUGGGGAGGAGUACUCGAGCGGUGACGAUGACCAAAGCGAACAUGGUCUUGUUGGAGAGGACCCCAAUAGUACAAUGGCCUAUGCUAUGCAGCUGGCACGGCGGGAUCAGCAGGCAAUGCUCGUCGAGCGGGCCUUGGGCAAAAUAAGGCGAGCGCAAAUGCAAGGGCAAACAAAGGUCAUGCUUUCGCAGCGGGAACUUGAUGCAUUGGAAAAGAAGAGGCAGCAGGAUGGCAAGGUCAACGGUUCUAAACCGAAGGACAGUAGUGGGCAACCAGUCAUCGAGAACAAACCUAUAGCAUCGGAUAAACGAAUACCGGGUGGAUAUGCUUCUUCCACUGGUUCUCCCAGAUUCCGUUCGCCGACUGUUGAACCCUCGAGCCCUUCCUCACAGAAGCCUCGUUCGCGUGCACCCUCGAUAAAAUCAAGCAGGAUGUCACAUCAUAUGGAUGCAUCACCUCGUAACCAACAUCCACCGAUGUACCCGCAGCCCCUUCCAUAUUUCGUUCCGCAAGAGCCAACUGUUCGGCCAGGUUCCUCUUCAUACCAAUCAAACCCGCGUUCUGGCUCCAGCUCGAACAACCAUUCAGCAUAUCCACCCCAUCACCAUCCCUCGCCCUAUUAUACAUAUCCCUUGCCUGCCACAGAUACCCGCUACGGGUAUUCGACGCAUACCCACCGAAGCGCCCCACCGCCACAUAUAGACGCGACCUACCAACCCAUCUAUCGCGCUAUGUCUGGCGACUCGUACAUGAUAAACCACUCAUCCUCCGAUCCUUUCAUUGUGCAGCAUGCUUCGCGCCUCUGCGAGUCUCCGCGAUCCAUGCGCAGGAGCAGCGGGAGCAGUAGCAGUGGCGACAAUGGUGUGCACAACAUUUCUGUGGCUGAGAGCCCGAGCGUGCCAGUAGGGUCUGAGAAGAAAGUCUCAAGUGGUAGUGGUAGCGGUCACGGGCGUAUCCGCCGUCGAAAGCGUCGUCAUUAA